AUGUUGCUUUCAAGAUUUCGACGAAACAAAAAAUCAGAAGAAGAUAACAACAACAACAAAAAUAAUAAAAAAGAAACAAGUAAAAGACAAGAAAGUGAAGAUGAAACAAGAGAAGGAUUAUUUAAAAAAUUAAAUAAAUUUUUAGAAAAGCGUGAUUAUAUGGGAGCAAUAUCCUUACUUGAACAUAAAAUUAAAAAGCAAGAAAAAAUAAAUUCAAAAAAUAAUGAUGAAUUAAUGAAUUUAAAAUUAUGGUUAGGCUAUUGCCAUUUUCAUGCAGCAAAUUAUAGAAAUGCAAAAAAUAUUUAUGAACAAAUGUUGGGGGAUAAACAUUGUCCUAAUGAAGUUUAUUUAUAUUUGGGAUGUUCUUUUUUCUUUUUGGGUUUAUAUGAAAAUGCUAAAAAAGUGGCAGAAAAAGCUUCCAAAGGCCCCCUACAAACAAGGUUACUCUUUCAUGUUGCUCACAAAAUUAAUGAUAAGAAAAGCCUUGUUUCCCAUCACGGACAACUAAAAGACACAACAGAAGACCAACUUUGUUUAGCUUCUGUUCAUUAUCUCCGAUCACAUUACCAACAAGCUAUAGACAUUUACAAAAAAGUUUUGAGCAAAAACAAAACUUAUUUAGCAAUAAAUGUUUAUAUGGCUCUUUGUUAUUAUAAAUUAGAUUAUUAUGAUAUUUCUAUGGAAAUGCUACAAAUUUAUUUGGAUAAAUUUUCUGAUAGCCCUAUUGCAGUGAAUUUAAAAGCUUGCAACCAAUAUAGAUUAUAUAAUUCUAAAGCAGCAGAAAAUGAGCUGAAAGCUUUGAAAAGUAUGUCUACUAGCGAAUUGAAUUUUGCAAAGGAUAUUAUUUUACAUAAUACAGUUGUAUUUCGCAAUGGAGACGGAGCUUUACAAUUACUUCCAACACUUGUUGAUAUUGUACCAGAAGCUCGUUUAAACUUAGCUAUAUAUCAUCUGAAAAAGAACGAUACAGAUGCCGCAUUUGUAUUGAUGAAAAAUAUAGAACCACAAAGCACUUAUGAAUAUUUACUUAAAGCUAUUACAUUUUGUAUUAAAGGAAUUGAAGAAAAUUCGCAAGACCUAUUAAACGCGGCAGCAGGAUUUUUCAAAAUUGUUGGAGAAUCACCAGCAGAAUGUGACACAAUAAUAGGAAGACAAAGCAUGGCAUCUGCCCAUUUUUUAAGAAAACAGUUUGAUGAAGUUUUAGUCUAUUUGGAUUCAAUAAGGGUAACGAAAAAAGAAAAGAUCUGGUUCAGUUUAUGGAGCCAAUGA